GCAUUGACUGCCUAGUUGGGGCGCACUCUGGGCCAGACCCACGAUGAAGCAGGAUGGAAACCCUAAAGCAGCGGUCACACAGGCUGUGAGGCAGGGCCAAGGAGCAAGCUCUCCCAUCUCCAGCUCUCAGCCUCACAGAUCAAGAUUUCACUGAACUGCACUAGACCUCCCAUCUGGGGACCCUGCCCCCUGCUCUGUGUGCUGCACGUUGGAUCUGGUGAAACUCAGGAAAUGCUCGUCUCCUGCUAUUGAUGAAUAAUUUCAGAGUACUAUGGAUCAUGUUGAAGAAAGUGAAAUCCUUGCAGCAACCCAGCGGUACUAUGUGGAAAGACCUAUCUUUAGUCAUCCGGUCCUCCAGGAAAGACUGCACAAGAAGGACAAGAUUUCGGAAUCCAUUGGGGAUAAGCUGAAACAGGCAUUCACAUGUACCCCUAAGAAAAUACGAAAUAUCAUUUACAUGUUCCUCCCCAUAACCAAGUGGUUGCCUGCAUACAGAUUCAAGGAGUAUGUGUUGGGUGACAUAGUCUCAGGCAUAAGCACAGGUGUGCUGCAGCUUCCUCAAGGUUUAGCCUUUGCAAUGUUGGCAGCUGUGCCUCCGGUGUUUGGCCUGUACUCUUCAUUUUACCCCGUUAUCAUGUAUUGUUUUUUUGGAACCUCCAGACACAUAUCCAUAGGUCCAUUUGCAGUUAUUAGCCUGAUGAUAGGCGGCGUGGCUGUUCGAUUAGUACCAGAUGAUAUAGUCAUUCCAGGAGGAGUAAACGCAACCAACAGUACGGAGGCAAGAGAUGCUUUGAGAGUGAAAGUCGCCAUGUCUGUGACCUUACUUACAGGAAUCAUUCAGUUUUGCCUAGGUGUCUGUAGGUUUGGAUUUGUGGCCAUAUAUCUCACGGAGCCCCUGGUCCGUGGGUUUACCACUGCGGCAGCUGUGCAUGUCUUCACCUCCAUGUUAAAAUACCUGUUUGGAGUUAAAACAAAGCGGUACAGUGGGAUCUUUUCAGUGGUGUAUAGUACAGUUGCUGUGUUGCAGAAUGUUAAAAACCUCAACGUGUGUUCCCUAGGCGUUGGGCUGAUGGUCUUUGGUUUGCUGCUGGGUGGCAAGGAGUUUAAUGAGAGAUUUAAAGAGAAAUUGCCAGCGCCCAUCCCCUUAGAGUUCUUUGCGGUGGUUAUGGGAACUGGCAUUUCAGCUGGGUUUAGCCUGCAUGAAUCGUACAAUGUGGAUGUCGUUGGGACACUUCCUCUGGGGCUGCUACCUCCGGCCAAUCCGGACACCAGCCUCUUCCACCUUGUGUACGUGGAUGCCAUUGCCAUAGCCAUCGUUGGAUUUUCAGUGACCAUCUCAAUGGCCAAGACCUUGGCAAAUAAGCAUGGCUACCAGGUUGAUGGCAAUCAGGAGCUCAUUGCCCUGGGACUGUGCAAUUCCACUGGCUCACUCUUCCAGACUUUUGCAAUUUCAUGCUCCUUGUCUCGAAGCCUUGUCCAGGAGGGAACUGGAGGGAAGACACAGCUUGCAGGUUGUUUGGCCUCAUUAAUGAUUCUGCUGGUCAUAUUAGCCACUGGAUUCCUCUUUGAAUCAUUACCCCAGGCUGUGCUGUCGGCCAUUGUGAUCGUCAACCUGAAAGGAAUGUUUAUGCAAUUCUCAGAUCUCCCCUUUUUCUGGAGAACCAGCAAGAUAGAGCUGACCAUCUGGCUUACCACUUUUGUUUCCUCCUUGUUCCUGGGAUUGGACUAUGGCUUGAUUACUGCUGUGAUCAUCGCACUGAUGACUGUGAUUUACAGAACACAGAGUCCGAGCUACAUAGUCCUUGGGCAGCUUCCUGACACUGAUGUGUACAUUGACAUAGACGCGUAUGAGGAGGUGAAAGAAGUUCCUGGAAUAAAAAUAUUCCAAAUAAAUGCCCCAAUUUAUUAUGCAAAUAGUGACUUAUAUAGCAGUGCAUUAAAAAGAAAGACUGGAGUGAACCCAGCCUUCAUAAUGGGAGCAAGAAGAAAGGCCAUGAAGAAGUAUGCUAAGGAAGUUGGAAAUGCCAACAUGGCCAAUGCAACCGUCGUCAAAGUGGAUGCAGAAGUAGAUGGAGAAGAUGGCACCAAGCCUGAGGAAGAGGAGAAUGAAAUAAAAUAUCCCCCAAUAGUCACCAAGAGCACACUUCCUGAGGAACUGCAAAGAUUUAUGCCCCCAGGGGAUAACGUCCACACCAUCAUUCUGGAUUUUACGCAAGUCAAUUUUAUUGAUUCCGUUGGUGUAAAAACUCUGGCAGGGAUUGUAAAAGAAUAUGGAGAUGUCGGCAUUUACGUGUAUUUAGCAGGAUGCAGUGCACAAGUCGUGAGUGACCUCACUCGAAAUCAGUUCUUUGAAAAUCCUGCCUUACUGGAUCUGCUGUUCCACAGCAUUCACGAUGCAGUCUUAGGCAGCCAAGUUCGAGAGGCACUUGCCGAACAGGAGGCCACGGCUGCUCCUCCCCAGGAGGACUCUGAGCCCAACGCCACUCCGGAAGCUUAGACGAGGAGCUCAGCCUGCGAUGGGGUAUGAGCUUCUCGUGAAAUUACUAACCUACACACUUUAAAUAGUAGACACUAAAUGUUUUUUUCCUAAGGGUAAAUACUACUAGUAGGUAAAUACUAGUAAAUACAAGGCUUGAUUUGGAGGGUGAAUGACGCAUAGCAAGAUGUAUCUUACUUGUAUAUUUUUAAUUGACUAUUUCAAAGAUAUUAUUAGCCUCUUGCCUGCAUUUAUUGUGUAGUGACAUUUCUGUUACUCUUUAGUAUUAUCUUUGUGAACUUAAAGAAUUUAUUUAAGUACUUUAUCCACAAAUCAGAUACCCUGUCACCAGAUGGGUAGUAGUUCUUUGCUUUUGUACUUGUUGAUCUACAGACUUUCUGGAAUCAGUUAUCUCACAGAGGAGGCAAACCCACAAUUUUCUAGAAGUUCUUCUUUUAAAAUAACCAUUUAUUGUUACAGAAGCAAUGUAGGUACAUUGCAGAAAAUUAGAAAAUAUAGACAAGCAAAAAUAAGAAAAACAUUACAUUACCAGCAAAGAUUAUUGCUAACACCUUAAUGCAUGUCCUUCCAGAUCUUUUUCUAUCCAUAUAUAUUUACAUCUUUUAACCAAAAUAAGAUCAUACUCUACAUAGUGUUCUGUGACCUGUUCUUUUCAGUCAUCCAUCUUUGCUUUCUCAUUCUAGAACAUGUUUACCUCAGACCAUAUUCAAACUUCCCCAAUUGUCUCCACAGUUGUAGUUGGUUUAUCCAAACUAGUAUUCAUUCUGUGACCUUACACUACAAAUGGUCAUGUCCCCCUAAGUCCCAUAACUGUGUCUUAAUCUAGCACUGUCCCUUUUUUGAUGACAUUGACUUGUUAAAGGGAGUUGGGGCAGUUGUCCUGUAGAAUCCCAUCUUGUGAGUGUGUCCACUCGCUUUUUCAAGGUGUUAUUUAGUUUGUCCCUUUAUUUCCUGAACUACCUAUGAUCUAGAAGUUAUGUCUAACUAAAGGCUUCAUGAAUUCGAAUAAAACAUUUCUUGCUAGAUGAGAUACGUGCAUAGAUGAGGCACGUGCUUCAAAUCGCAUCACAACAGAAAACAAGUAAUAUCUAGUUGACCUACCAUUAAUGAUGCUAAAAUAAAUCACUUGGAUUAAUAUGACAACCAAUCCCCCAAUUAUAUUUUCUCCUUUGUGACUAGUGAGUUAUCUGUAUGGUGUUCCUUUGGCGUUGAAUGAAUGCCCAGUUCUCCAUUAGCCGUUCACCCAGAGGUUUUAACGUCUAGUGUUAAUCCUUGCCUAAAGCAGCAAUUUUAUUAAGGUGUGUGCAUUUUCUUUUCCAAUUCUUUCAUUUCUUCUGCAUUUAUCAAUUGGUGUUUCCGUGUAAACUACAGCUUUCCCUCAACUUGAAUUAUUUAGUCAUCCUUAAAUAUAGUUCUUACUGGAAGGGCAGGUUAAAUUAUUUUUUUUCCAUUUAGUUAUCAACUUCAAAGUAAGGAGUUGGUUUAAUAGAUGGUGACGAAUUAGGUUCUUUUUCCUUUUUCGUAUAAUUAUACACUCAUGAAUUGUUGUAGUUUUAAUGUGUUUC